AUGGAAAGACUGAAGUACAAGCUGGGUUUUUUUGGCUGUUUAGCUGUUAGUUGCAAAAGGAGAAGUGGGAGGAUAGCUUUGUAUUGGAAGAAGCAUUUUAGAGUAGAAGAUCAAAGUUUUUCAAAGUCUCAUGUUCAUGCUAAAGUUACUGAGGAAGGUGUAAAUGGUGAUUUGUGGUGGCUAAUUGGGUUUUAUGGUGGACUAGAGGUGAGUAGGAGAAGUGAAUCAUGGUCUUUGUUGAGGUUUCUAAAGAUUCCUUCUGAUAUAGGAUGGGUUCUUUUAGGAGAUUUCAAUGAGAUUAUGAGUAAUGAUGAAAAUAAUGGUGGAAGAGCUAAACCAGAUAGGCAAUUGAAGGACUUUCGAGAUGUCAUUGAAGAAUGUCAAGUGCAUGAUUUGGGGUUUAUAGGUAAUCCAUUUACAUGGUAUAAUGGAAGGGAAGAGGGUCAUAUGAUUAGUGAAUGGAAUUCUCUUUAUCCAAUGGUUGUGGUUAUCCAUGGUGUAGUUGCUUAUUAUGAUCAUAUGCCUAUAAUUUUAAAAUUGUUUGAAGGGGUGCAAUCGGGACCAAGAAGGAAAUUGUUUCAUUUUGAGGCAAUGUGGGUGGAAGCUUCUGGCUGUAAACAAGUUGUUGAUGGAGCAUGGAAGGCAGUUGAAGGAAGGAGAGAACUGAAUACUAUCAUGAAGAAGAUUGAGCAUUGUAGUGAAAAAUUGUCAGUGUGGAAUAGAUCUAGCUUUGGUAAUGUGCAGCGAAAUCUACAUAAGGCUAAGGAAAAGCUUAGAUUAGCUCAUCAAGCUGAUCCUUUUUCUCUUAAUAGGCAGCAAAUUCAAAUGGCACGAAACGCAGUUCAACAAUGGCUGCAAAGAAGUGAGACCAUGUGGAAACAAAGAUCAAAGGUUCUAUGGUUAGCUGAGGGAGAUAAGAAUUCAUGUUUCUUCCAUUAUAAAGCAUCUUAG